AUGCGUCACUUCAUCACCGCUUCAGUUCUCAUCGGCGCCGCAGCUGCCCAAUCCGCCAGUGACAUUAUGUCCUGUGUCGAAUCCGCCAUUGGCAACGCCGACACCUCUUCAUUCACCGACUGCGACGGCAAGACCGCGCAAGAGUGCGCCUGCAGCAACAGCGACGAGUUCGCCAGCCUGAGCAGCUCAACAGACGCAUGCUCCGGCAUCGACCUCAGCACACUGACUGACAGCCUCUGCCCCGCCACCUCCAGCCGCGUGGCUACUCCCUUCCGCCAUGCAGGCGCACCCAUGGAGCGCGUGGCGGCUCCCAACGCCCACACGAACAUGAACAGCAAGCGCGCCUACGCGCCCGCCGAGCCAGCCAUGCCCCGUGUCGUCUACGUGACCGAGACCCGCACCGAGUGCAGCUGCAAGGCCACGCCUGCCCCCAACGCCCACAUGGCUCAUAUCUCGCAGAUCCCCGUCCAGGUCCCUGCCAGCUCGAGCAUGGGCGCCAUGAUGGCUGCUUCGUCCGGCGCUGUGCCUUCUUCUGCUUCUUAUUCCCACGGCAUGAUGGUUAACGCGGCUUCUUCGUCGGCUGUCUUUGGAUCACAGGCCUCGCCUUCACCUUCUGGUGUUGAUGCCAACCGCUUCAACUCUUUCCAGGGUGUCGGUGCUAAGAGUGUUUCUGUUCACGGUGGUGUUGCUGCUGUUGGUGUUGCUGCCGUUAUGGCUCUUAUGGCUGCCUUGUAA